GGGGCAGCCGUGUCCGAAGCACCCAUGCGAGGCGUCGGGCGCUGUCUGGUCCGGGGAGGGGGCUGCCUGCGGGCCCUGUGCUGAAGAUGAGCGGCGCGGGGGAGGGGGGUUCACGGUCACGGUCACCCCCCGCCGACCUGUCCCAGCUCUCGGAGGACGACCUGCUGGCCUGGGGCAAGGAGGAGCUGGUCCAGCGGCUCCGGCAGGCCGAGGCGGACAAGAUCGCGGCCCUGGUGCAGCGGGGCAGGCUGAUCCAGGAGGUGAACCGCCAGCUGCAGGGCCACCUGCGGGAGGUCCGGGAGCUGAAGGCCGUCAACGGCCAGCUGCAGGGGGAGAACCAGGAGCUGCGGGACCUCUGCUGCUUCCUGGACGAGGACCGGCUGAAGGUGAAGGGGCUGGCCCGCGAGUGGCAGGCCUUCGGGCGCUACGCGGCCCGCGUGAUGCGGGAGGACGUCGGGGGCUACCUGAGGAAGCUGGCCAACCUGGAGCGGCUGCAGGAGGCCCUGGUGAGGGAGAACCUGGACCUCAGGGAGCUGUGCUCGGAGGAGGAGGAGGAGGAGCGGGCCGCCACCUCGGACGCCAGCCCCGCGGGGUCCUCCGACCUCAACAUCCUGCCCUGCGGGCCCCGGGACCUGGGCGACGGCAGCUCCAGCACCGGGAGCGUGGGCAGCCCGGACCAGACCCACCUCGCCUGCUCACCCGAGGAUUAA